AUGUUGUACCCUCGCGUUUUGAGAAAACGCUGGGUGUUGGCCGUUAUUUUCAUUUGUUCACUUGUGUAUUUCUUGUCUGCAACAUUGUCAAAGUCAUCAGACUAUGUCCUGACGGAGUACGAGUCCAAGCGGACCCUGCGUCAACCAUUUCAGUGGCAGCCAUCAGAAGAAACAAACGACACUGAGGCCAUCAAGUGUCAGAACUCUCGGCAAGGUCGCUGGCUGAUUGUUGAUCAGAGAGGGUAUGUAUGCAGGAGAGAGCACAUUAGCAGCAACAACUGUUGCAAUCCCAAGCACCCGCUGACCAAACAUCAAACAUGCGAUACCUGCCUGUCUAACGGUUGCUGCGGUGUCUACGAGCAUUGUGUCUCCUGUUGCCUGCAGCCUAAAAAUCAACACCUGCUGAGGAACAUUCUGGAGAAAAACGUGGAAGCUCCGUACAACUUGUUCCUGGGAGAAGUGGAGAACAUCUUUGAUUUGUGCCUGGCCAAGUGCAGGACAUCCUCAUUGAGCGUGCAGCAUGAGAACUCCUACCGGGAUUCAAACGUCAAAUAUUGUUAUGGGGACAAGCCACCAGAUUUACAAGUGAUUACAAGUUAG